CAAUCAACGUCAAAUUAGUUACAAAUAUGCCAAUUCAAUAUUUGCCAUGCUUCCUUAAUGCGUUAAAUAACAUUUUAUUGCGUAUGAGGAAAAUCCAAUGUAUUUAUGUGAUUGAAAUCAAGUGUUCAAAUUAUUACGAAAUUUUCAAUUAAAAACAUCCAAUAAAUAUGGGAGAAUUAAAUGUCAACGGCAAUAAUCCUGAAAAGGACCAAGACAGCAACAUUACUGAUAAGGACCUACCCCUUAGUUUUGUAGAAAACAGACAUUUGGAACCUAUAGUCGGUAGUGAUUGUAUUACACAUAUGUGGAGAAUGAAAGAAAGGAUGAAAACAGUUAGUGUUGCUUUAGUUUUAUGCUUAAAUGUUGGUGUUGAUCCACCAGAUGUGGUGAAAACACAACCUUGUGCGAGAUUGGAAUGCUGGAUAGAUCCAACAACAAUGUCAUCAUCUAAAGCUCUGGAGAAAAUCGGACAAAGUCUUCAAACGCAAUAUGAAAGAUGGCAGCCUAGAGCAAGAUAUAAACAAUCAUUGGAUCCUACUUCUGAAGAAGUGAAAAAAUUAUGUACUUCGUUGAGACGAAAUGCAAAAGAAGAAAGGGUUCUCUUUCACUAUAAUGGACAUGGUGUUCCUAAACCAACAUCCAAUGGAGAAAUAUGGGUGUUUAAUAGAACCUACACUCAAUACAUUCCAUUGUCAAUAUAUGAUCUGCAGACGUGGAUGGGAGCGCCAUCUAUUUAUGUAUAUGAUUGUUCAAGUGCGGGAAUUAUUGUUGAUUCAUUUAAACAAUUUGCUAUCCAACAUGAAUCUGAAUAUGAGCAAAAUACAGGACAACAGAAAUCAAAUAAUAGUGGUAUCCAACCUCCUUCGUUUAAAAACUGUAUUCAACUAGCAGCUUGUAGUGCUGAUCAAGUUCUGCCUAUGAAUCCUGAUUUGCCUGCUGAUCUUUUCACUGCCUGUUUGACAACACCUAUUAAGGUUGCCUUGAGGUGGUAUGUUUUACAACCUACCUCUAAAUUAAUGCCCAAAGUAAAUUUGGAACUUAUUGACAAAAUUCCUGGCCAAAUCACUGAUCGAAGAACUAUGCUUGGUGAACUUAAUUGGAUAUUUACAGCAAUAACAGACACAAUAGCAUGGAAUACUUUACCAAGAGACUUAUUCCAAAAGCUUUUUCGCCAAGACUUACUUGUAGCUAGCCUAUUUCGCAAUUUUCUAUUAGCUGAAAGGAUAAUGCGUUCUUGUGACUGUACACCAGUUAGUAGUCCUCCAUUACCUUCAACUUACCAACAUCCUAUGUGGAAUGCUUGGGAUCUUGCUUUAGAUCUUAGUUUGGGACAGUUGCCAGGAAUUAUAAACAAUGAUGAAACUUUUUGUCACUUGCCAUUUUUUGAAGAACAGCUGACGGCUUUUCAAGUUUGGCUAGAAUUGGGAUCGGAAGAACGGAAUCCACCAGAACAAUUGCCUAUAGUUUUACAAGUAUUAUUAAGUCAGGUUCAUCGAAUGAGAGCUCUCGAACUCCUAGGAAAAUUUUUAGAUUUAGGCCCUUGGGCUGUCAAUUUAGCACUUUCUGUUGGAAUAUUUCCAUAUGUUUUGAAAUUACUACAAAGCUGUGCCAAAGAAUUAAGACCUCUUCUAGUUUUCAUUUGGGCAAAAAUAUUGGCAGUAGAUAAUACUUGUCAAUCGGAUCUUGUGAGAGAUAAUGGUCACAAGUACUUUUUAUCGGUACUUCAGGAUACAACAAUAUCGGCUGAAUAUCGAACUCAGGCUACAUUUGUGUUAGCUUGUAUUGUGAAUAAUUAUCAUGAUGGUCAAGAGGCAGCAUUACAAGGUUCAUUAGUAAGUGUUUGUUUGGAGCAGUUAAAUGAUACAUCACCUCAAUUAAGACAGUGGGUAGCUAUUUGUUUAGGAAGAUUGUGGGAUCAUUAUGAAAAAGCAAGAUGGACUGGUGUCAGGGAUAUCGCCCACGAAAAGCUGUAUAAUCUUUUAAAAGAUCCUGUACCAGAGGUCCGAGCAGCAGCUGUUUAUGCUUUAGGUACAUUCAUAAAUUCGGUCAUGGAACGUUCUGAACAUGCUAACAAUGUUGAUAAUGCUGUUGUAAUGACUCUAGUUAAUACUGUCAGCAGCGACAUGAGCUGUCUUGUUCGAAAAGAGUUAAUAAAUGCUUUGCAAUGGAUGGUUUUGUCAUUUGAAGCAGUAUUUGUUAAUAUAGCUAUGAAAGAACAAUACAAUGUAUCUCCUGGUCAAGACUGUAUAUUAUCUUCAGGGGGAAUGAGAAGAAUGGGGAGCAGAGAUAGACUGAAAAUAGCAGAUUAUGACUCUUUAGAACGAAUGAAACGGGUAUCAUCCAGUUCUGCAAUAAAUAAUUUGUCUAACCAGGUUAUGACACAGAAUUACACGGGAAGCCUUAGUACUCUAUCUAGUUUUAGUUAUGGUUCAGUAUAUAUGAAAUUAUGGUCGGCGUUAAUUUCGUUAGAAACAGAUCCACAUCCUGAAGUAGCACAAAUGUGUUGUACUGUUACUGGGCAUGUUAGGAACAUUAUUAAAGAACAGUGGGAAUCUAUAGAUCGUGUAAAUAAUUUGAAUAGUUCAAGUUUAAGUUUACCUCCCAGUCCAAAUAAAGGAAACUAUUUUUCUGCAGAAAGUCCACCCACAUUACAUCCUCCAGGGGAUUUUCAAAGGUUAACAAGAUCAACUACAAUUAAUAGAACUCGGAGGAUUCACAGAAAUGUCAUUAAUGAAGAAAGUGAAGAUAAAAUCCAAUUUUGUCGAAAACCUCUAGUUAAUACAAAGUUUGUUGAAUGGUCAUCUAGAAGAUUUGCGCAAUCUAAUAGUAAAGAAAAAUUAUUUAAGGACAAAGAAUCUACCCUAUUUUAUGAAAGGGACUGGAGACAUUCAAGAAAUGAUACAAUAAGAGUAGAAGCUACAGAAGAGCACCGUAGAGCAUUAGCAUCUAGGAUUGAAUCACAAGUGUUUCAUAUUAGAACUGCAGUACCUCCUAGUUUAUUACAACUUCAUCCAUUUGAUCAACAAAUUGCCAUAGCUGGAAAUGAUAGUUUUGCCAUUUUUGAUUGGGGAACGGGUGCAAAAACCACUUCAGGUCAAAACAAACCAACAAAAAUUGUUAUUAGUAAAAUAACUUCGUUGCAAUGGAUCAACAGUCAUGACAUUGGAAUGCUGAUGGUAGCUUCUGAUGAUGGUGGUAUAAAGUUAUGGAGACCAAAUACAGGAUCUAGUCGUGAACCUACGAUGAUAACUGCUUGGCAGGCUUUUAGUGAUCUUAAGCCAAAAUAUUCAGGGAUAGAAAUGACAUGGGAACAAUGGACACAAACAUUAAUUACAGCUGGGGACUCUAGAGUUUUAAGAUUUUGGGAUGCUGAGAAAGAAUUGAAAGUAUUUGAUCUCCCAACUGGAACAGAUAGUUCGGUUACUUGUCUUGACUCGAGCUUCUCAAGUAUAUGUCACGAAACACAGAAAAAAUACACCAGUGACUACGAACUGAACGACGAUGGUUUAUUAGUGAAAAAUACCGUGUCAUAUCAUGGUCCAAAACUUGGUUUAUGUGUAAUCGGUUGUGUAGAUGGUUCAGUUAGACUGUUUGACCGUCGAUGUAGCCCAAACGACGCCAAAGUUAAAGUUUGGAUUGAACAUCCUGGUACUGUAUUAACAGUGCAGCUAAGAGAUAAUAUUAUUAUUAGUGGAAGUUCAUCUGGAGAUGUUAAAAUAUAUGAUAUUAGAAAAAAUGAUUCAAUACACACUACCCAAGCUGUUCCAAAUUACGGUAUGUCUUGUAUGGCAAUUCACCGAUCUGCCAAUACUUAUGCUUGUGGAUCAAUGAAUCAAUUUAUAAGCAUGUACACACUGAAUGGAACUCUUCUUAAUACAAUAAGAGGCUAUGACGGAUUCAUGGGUCACAAAAUAGGGCCAGUAACAUGCCUCAACUACCAUCCCCACAAAAUGGCAUUAGCUUCGGGUACAGCAGAUUGUGCCGUCAACGUUUACUGUUUGGAUAGUAAAAGGUGACGUGAUUCCCAGCCCUAGGCCUUGUUAUGGGGCCUAUUGGGCUAUUAUUAAUUAGGACGAAUUUUGUCGUUUUUAUUUAAGAAAUUUUAUUGCCAUAGAAGCUCUUGGUAACAUUGAUUGAUUAUAGUGAUAUUAUAUAUUAUGAUAUCCAAAUCGCUUUUUAAAAAAAGUUUGAUGUUUUAAAACUAGUCAGUUGAAUUAACUUUUUAGUUAUAUAUAUAAAAAUAAACUGUGA